AUGACAGAGUUGCCGGUAGCGCUGUCUCCUUCACUUCGCCCUCCAGCCUGAGACAUUUGAGUCCGCGGCGGCGCAGCCAGAAACAGCCAAAGAAAAUACGAAUUACUUUGUAGCUCCAAGCAAAGAUUAGACACAGGAAGAAUGGCUGUACCUCCAUCAUACGGUGAUCUGGGGAAAUCCUCCAGAGAUAUUUUCAACAAAGGGUAUGGAUUUGGGAUGGUGAAACUGGAAGUAAAGACAAAGUCUGCCAGUGGAGUGGAAUUCACAACUUCUGGCUCAUCCAACACUGACACUGGUAAAGUCAUUGGAAGUCUGGAUACUAAAUACAAGUGGUCUGAAUAUGGGCUGACCUUCACAGAGAAGUGGAACACUGAUAACACUCUGGGAACAGAAAUCACAAUUGAAGACCAGAUUUCCAAAGGUUUGAAGCUGACAUUUGAUACUACCUUCUCACCAAAUACUGGCAAAAAGAGUGGGAAAGUCAAGACUGCAUACAAGCGUGAAUUUGUCAAUCUGGGUUGUGAUGUGGACUUUGACUUUGCUGGCCCAGCUAUCCAUGGUGCUGCUGUGGUUGGUUAUGAGGGAUGGCUUGCUGGCUACCAGAUGACUUUUGACACCGCCAAGUCGAAGAUGACGCAGAACAACUUCUCUGUGGGGUACAAAACUGGAGACUUCCAGCUACAUACCAAUGUUAAUGAUGGUUCUGAAUUUGGAGGCUCCAUUUACCAGAAAGUGAGCGAUAAGCUUGAAACUGCAGUCAAUCUGGCUUGGACUGCAGGCAGCAAUAGUACUCGUUUUGGCAUUGCCGCAAAGUACCAGCUGGAUUCUACUGCUUCCAUCUCUGCAAAGGUGAAUAAUUCCAGCCUAAUUGGAGUAGGAUAUACUCAAACCCUCAGGCCAGGUGUAAAACUUACUCUGUCUUCCUUGAUUGAUGGGAAAAGCAUCAACGCUGGUGGCCACAAACUGGGUUUGGGCCUGGAAUUGGAGGCAUAAGUGGCUUAACUACAGCUUAAGGAAUGAGGAAAUUGGAAGAUUUGGCCUUUUAAAUGCAUUUCAAAUGACCAGCAAGGGGAUUUCUGAAAGAUGUUUCAAGCAACAAAAAACCUGAUCCUUUAAUACAUAUAGACAGUCUGUAAGCUGUCAAUGGGUUAGUUAUUAAAGAUAGUCAUUUUAUACAUUUUCAUGUAUUUAAGUUGGUGCGCUGCCAUCCUAAUGAAAUACACCUUUAUCAAAAAUUGA